CUGAGCGAAGACGAGCUGGAGAACGAAAUGGACGACGAGGUUGACAAUCCUGACGUCGAUGACUUGGAAGACGAAGAAAUCGAUGAGGAGGGCGAUGAGAACGAUCUUUCAGAAGACGACGAAGUAGGAGAAGAAGAGGAAGACGAGGACGAUGAAGAAGAUCUAGUCGAUGACACUCGUUCAACAAGAAAGAAUCAAAAGCGGAAAAAAGCCAGUACGUAGUAAUCAAUGUCUCCGGGGUACCUACACACGCGAAUGCGCUAACAAUUCUCUGUUCUAUGGAUUCCGCGUUGAAAAUCUAGUCUACGAAGAGCCUGAUAGCGAUGACGAUGAGGACGAAGACGACUAUGAAGUUGUUUCUAACCGACCACUGACAAAACGACAACGCGCAAAAUUAGAGAAUAAUACACCAGAAUAUUUUCUCGAAUUGCCUAUGGAGAGUGGGAAAAAGAAGCAUCUUACGGAAGAAGAGCAAACGCUCAAACGAUCCGAAGUUGCACGGCGACGUAAGAAUCAAAGUAUACAACGCGCAGAGAAAGAUAAAGAAGAUACAAUCAAUCGCUUGCUGAAGAAGCAAGCAUCCAAAAGCAGGCGGAUCAUCAAAGACGACGCAGGAGAUGAAAAGGAAAGCGGUUCAGCCCGUCGUUCAGCAUUAGCAAGAGAUCCCAACAGCCUUCAAUAUGUCAGUAAUGCCAAGGGCAGCUUUCUGUCAAUUCCAACUACAAUAAGCGUGGAUCAAAUUUUUGGACCAUCAUACGAUUAGCACUUGACAAAAUAAAGAUCAUCCUAAUGGGUGUUUGUAUAUAUUAUCUGGCGUGUGUGUUUUGUCUGUUGCUUCUACUUUCAUGUGGCAGCUACGUGGCAACGUUUGACAACUUUUCAACAACUGCGGAGAAAUGAAUGAGCGCAU